AAAUUUGACUUACAAUUCCACAACUAUAUAAAUGCACAUUUUGGAUAGUUAAGAAGCAAAAGUACUGUACAGUACAAUAUCCUAGCUAGAGUUUUUAAGCAAGAAUUUGUGUGAGAAAAAAUACUUUUUAUAAAGUUUGAACAAAAAAUGAAGGGAGGUGGUUCAAUUGAAAUUGGUGAAGUGUCUAAAGAUGCAUACAGAAAAAAAGGGGUGAAAAGAGGAUUAUCUAUAAUGGAUUUUAUUUUGAGAAUUAUUGGAGGUGUUGCAACACUAGCUAGUGCAGUGUCUAUGGCUACAACUGAUGAGAGGCUUCCAUUUGCUACAGCUUUUAUACAAUUCAGGGCUGAAUAUGAUGACCUUCCAUCAUUUGUGUUUUUUGUGAUGGCCAACUCUGUUGUUUGUGGCUAUCUUGUGCUUUCAUUAAUCCUAUCAAUUUUCCAUAUAGUCAGGAGCACUGCAGUAAAAAGUAGAAUUUUUCUCAUUGUUCUUGACAUGGCAAUGAUGAGUCUACUAACAGCCGCAGCUUCAGCAGCAGCAGCAAUUGUGUACAUAGCACAUUAUGGAAACUCACAAGCCAAUUGGUUUCCAAUUUGUCAACAAUACAACAGUUUCUGUGAACGCAUUUCUGGUUCCCUUAUUGGCUCCUAUAUUGCAGUUGCUCUCUUCCUAAUAAUAAUUCUUCUAUCACAUGUAGCAAUCUUUCGAAGCUAAUUCAAUUGCUCAUCACUUUUCACUUCAUGUAUUCAAUUGUGGCUUUGGAAUUAUUUUACUUUCUUCAAAUAUUAAAAUUCACCUAUAGUGUGUGCAUUUGUAUCAAAGUGUGUUUCUCACUUUCUAUACCUUGUAUUGGAUACUACAUACUACAUUAAUGUAUAUGCAAUUUCAAGUUUUCUUCUAAUCA